CGCAUCCCGAGGCUCGACUUGCUGCAGGUACGCAUGUAGUGCUGCACACGUCGUACCUGAACAAUGAUUUAAGAAAUGAGGGAUUUGUUCUCCAAGCUUUCCGCAUACUUGAGCUCUUUAUUCCCUCACUCGAGUUCUAAAAUGCCGCUGGACACUUUACCUCCCGAGAUAUUACUUCACAUCAUAUCCUACUUGGAACCCUUGGAGCUCGCGCGUAUAUGCCGAGUGAAUCGCCGCUUCUACAGCCUCUGCAACGACGCGGCCCUAUGGAAGCAGCAUGUUUUCGCAAAAUCGCAUGCCGAGCGGCGCCGGCUACACAACCUUGAUCUUAUGAACAGCGACACACGCUAUGCACCUCUUCUUAGAGCCAUGCUAGACAUGGCUGGGCAGCUGCGACAGGAGCCCUCUGCACUCGCGGAUGAGAGACAUGCGAGCGCCGAAAUUGAGAGGAUUCGGAGAGCUUCAAAGGAGAGAAGAAGAGUGAUGGCUAACUGGGACCCAGAAUACCCUGGAGAGAAAAUAAUGUGGCGGGAGGAGUUUAUGCAAAGGCAUGCUGAGGUCACAGUAGAUUGGUUUGAAGGCGUUGGGAACACAAAUACAGAGGAGGAUUACGAUAAGAAAGGUCGGGUCGAGGUUACCGGAGCAGGGAUAUUCUACACAAAUGAUGGAGAGGUCGCAGAUAAGAUCGUGGGAGCUAUGGAGGACGGCAGCGUACGCGUAUGGGAAGCUGAGGAGGAAGGCCUCAGAGGCAGGCUCAUUGGCAGGAGUAGGGCUGGAGUGCUCGUUGGUUUCACGGGCAAGGAGGAAGAACAUGAACUUGAGAGAACGAAAGCUCAUAUGACAGAGACGGGCGCAGUGGAGUGCGUUUCGGUGGAUAGCAUGACACAGCGCGCGUACUUUGGUGUUCUUAAUCAGCUCGUUGAAAUCGAUCUCCGGACACUCAGAGAGGUGAGCAGGGAGACGUAUCCUUGGCCGAUUACAGCGCUCUCCGAGGCGCGAUACCCGACACCAAUGACGGUAGGUACAAAUAUGACAUUGCACAUGUACGAUCCUCGUGCUCUCAAGACGGGCAGUGUACGACCAACAUCACAUAGCAGAGUCGAGCUUAUAGCUGGCAAUCCUCGCCACAAUUUCUCAAUGCUACACGGGAACAGAAAUCAAUCAUAUGCCACCCUCGCUCAACCUGGUCCACUGUCUAUCCUUCAUCUUCCUGAAGAUCGAGCAUGGGACGGAAAUGGCUCCAUCUGGGUCGCUGGACGCUUUACAUCGCUACUGAACUACGAUCGGCGCUACUUCCCCAAGCUUCGUGGUCACUUGCAUUCUGGGGCGCGACUUUCUUGUCUAAGAAGCAUACCAAACCCGUUCCUGCCUCGUGAGCUCAGUCUCAUGACCACGAACUCGCUCUCCGAGGCAGAAAUUGCUGAUGCGAAAGCCAUUCCGGGAACAACACUUCUUGCAGCUGGCGAGUAUAAAGGAAAGGGCUCCCUUGAACUGUACGGCUUAAGCCCAGAUCCUACACGAACGACUCUAUCCUCUGAUUACACGGGUGCGAGGACAAGAAGUACGAGUUUCCUGAACAGGCAAACUGCAAGUAGCUCAAAGCUCCUCUCCGUCGCUCCUCAUGGCGCAAAGAUCGUCUUCUCAGAUGGAGAUGGCAACGUACGUUGGGUCGAACGCGAUGGCUUUUCACCGGUUAGAACGUGGAAUCUGAACGACCUUGCUCGCGGCACAAACAGUGCAGACAUGCGACAGGAUCUACGCGCCACUUACGGCACAGCGAUGGGCCUUCAAGAACAAACCCCGGAAGAUAUUGUGCAGCUUUUACUACCCACGCGUCCCAAAUCGACAACUGCAGCACACGCUAGCCGCUACGGCGAAGACAACCUUGUCAUAUGGACAGGUGAGGGCAAGCUUGGUAUGCUCAGCUUUGGGCGGCCGAAGUGGGAAGCAAUUACUGUCGAAGAACACGCCGAGAGCUUUGAGAAUGCUCAGAGGAGGAGAGAGGAGAAAGAAUAUGAUGUGGAGAUGGGGCAAGUGCUGAGGGCGCAUGCCAACGAGUUGAAUUUCAUGAGACAUCUUGGGCUUAACGCUGGGGGAGGCAAUUUGUGACUCAGACAACGAGACGAUGGAAUAUCAUGCCCACUAGCCUUUGUUCCUCGAUAGGCUGUAAGGCUAGCGAAAAGGCCUCCGUCGCCCUAGUUUACCCGGAUAGAGAUAGAAUAGAGCGAUCAAUAGAGAUUAUCCGGCGUCUAACA